CGCUGCCUCCACCUCCACUCACCUCUCAGACGGCCAAAACAAAGCGGACCUGAGGAACGGAAAUGGAACGCCAAACAUAAACUUAACGGGUGUGAACGCUAGACAGUAUCGUUCAUUCAUUACUCGGGAAGUCUUCAUUUUCAGUGUAUUUGUGCAUACAGAGGUUAUUCCAGAAAAAAACGACGACGUCCAGACGCUCAGCCUCUGUUGAGCGUAAACAGUCUGGUGGAUGGGAGUCUUCUAAAUGAAUAAGACAUAAACUCCGCUACAUCCAGGCUUGCACCGAGCGCUCCACGGCACAGGCUGACAGUAAAUAUUAGGAGAGGAGAGGAGGAGAGGGAGGAGAGAGGCGAAGUAGCCACCGCGGCACGCUGGAUCCCGACCGAAAUCUGGUGAAAUGCUUGGAAGGCCUUGGCCCUCAGGUGCGGAUUAAACUAACUGUGCUGGGUCGAGCAUAGACCAGCUAUCAGGGGAGUUCUUGCCAGCGUUGAUUUUUAGAUUCACUGAAUGGUUUCACUCUUGCCACGUUAUCUCCUCCGGCACCUAUCCCACAGACCAGGUUACUUCGACUGCAGGGACAACCAGAAAUUGGGAUCUUUGCCACCUUGUCCAGUUAUUAAUCCCUCAAUGCCUUUCUAGAACCACUAGAGAACCUUCUGUGCCAGGGUGACAGCAGAGUGGUGUUUUUUAUUGUGCAGUAAAUGCGAAGAGGUGAAUUCUGUGCUUUAGGUUGUUGAAGCCCCUAAAAAUGGCUGAACUUGACACGCUUUGACUGGCAUCGGCAUUACGCCACCCUGAGAGGGGGAUCGGUAGGCCAAGUCCUUCUGGCUCCCUUGGAACUGAAUGUUUCCAUCCAAAUACUGUGAGGUCAAAGCUGGAGCUUGUACCUUGUUUUAUAUUAUAAACACCACCUGGAGAAGGUGUUAACAGAGGGACUAGCGCCGGUCAAGGGCUGUGAGCGGGCUUGUUGGCCCCCCUUGGGUCAGGACCCACUUAGCCCAUUCUCCCCUUCUCAGGCCCGUUUGGCCCUCAUUUCUCUGCCUUCUGUCCACACAGCCUCCACCAUUCGUCCUUCCCUGGCCACUGCCGUCCUCCCUCCCCGCUCCCGUCCCCACCCCACACCACCUCACCACCCUGGCCCCUCCUCUCUCCACACACUCCACCCAUCCGCUCACGUCUCCAUGGCUACCGGCACUGCCACCACAGCUCGAGAGCACCUCCUGGUGGUGCGGAGGCGGAGCCCACACAUGCGUUACACCCUGGGACCUGAAAAUCUACGCACCUUGUCAGCACAGGGCACCAGCAGUGUUACUAGCACCUCCAGAGCACCUUCAGAGACGAUGGGCCUCCCACGGGCCAACAGUGACACAGACCUCGUCACAUCAGAUAGCCGCUCCUCUCUUACUGCUUCCACAUACCAAUUCACGUUGGGGCGGGGCCAGAACCUUGUCAUUUCAUGGGACAUCAAGGAGGAAGUGGAUGCUACCGACUGGAUUGGGCUUUACCAAAUCGAUGAGACAUGUCCAGCUAAUGUGUGGGACUCAAAGAACCGUGGUGUGAAUGGGACUCAGCGGGGCCAGAUCGUCUGGCGACUGGAGCCUGGGCCCUACUUCAUGGAGGCUGAGACCAAAAUCUGCUUCAAGUAUUACCAUGGAGUCAGCGGAGCCCUGAGAGCAACGACCCCCUGCAUCACUAUAAAGAACCCUGGCGUGCUGGCUGGAGUGGAAGGGCAGGCAGAGGGCCAGUCUGUGACUGAGCACUGUCGAAAACUCGUCAGCUUCACGUUAUCGGAUAUCCAUGCUCAGGGGCUAAAAAAGGGCAUGUUCUUUAACCCUGACCCUUACCUGAAGAUGAGCAUCCAGCCAGGCAAAAGGAGUGGUCUCCCCACCUUCAGUCACCAUGGUCAAGAGAGGCGAUCCUCCAUCACAUCCAACACCACCAACCCUGUAUGGCAUGGAGAGAAAUACACCUUUGUUGCACUGAUGACAGAUGUUUUGGAAAUUGAGGUCAAGGACAAAUUUGCCAAAAGUCGACCAAUCAUCAAGCGCUUUUUGGGCCAGCUGACCAUCCCUGUGCAGAGACUGCUGGAAAGGGACCAGCCGGUCAGCUACACUUUGUGUCGCCGUUUGCCCACAGAACAUGUAAGCGGUCAGCUUCAGUUCAGGGUGGAGAUCACCUCCACUGGACACGAGGACACUAUGAGCUCUCUUGUGAGUGCCUCCUCUCAGAACGGAGACCCAGGCAGCCCGUCGGAUGACGAGGAUGUCCUGCCACCUCCUUCGCGUGUGCCACAGGGGCCGUCCCCUACGGGCUCUGCGGGCUCCCUCCACAGCGAAGCCCUCCAGCCCGAUGAGGUCCCUCUGUAUGCUGAUGAGGAGCGGAUCCCAAGGAACACCGGGCCCAUUGCCGCUGAUGGCCCCAUAGGCAAUGCCCAGAGGCAGGUCUCCCUUAACGACUACCUGGACUCCAUUGAAAGGCCAAGGUACUCCGGAGACCGGCCGCUGGGUGCCACUUCACCAAAGCUGCGCUCUAGCUUCCCAACGGACACACGGCUCAGCGCCAUGCUUCACAUUGACUCGGAUGAAGAUGAGGAUGGGCACGGAACACAGGAGUCACACCUCGCCAAUGGGGUUCCAGGGAGGCACAGGGAGGGGGAGGGGGAGGGGACAGAGGGGAGCCGAAGUAGGGACGAACAGGCAGCGGCUGCCACUUUUAGUAGCAGCCCUGCAAAGAGCCAAAAUGGAGGGGCAGGAGAGAACCAGGAGCAAGUGGCGAGCUCCGAGACCCCUUUACAGUCCUCCUCUGGAUCCCAGCAACCUGCCUCCACAACUCAGGAUACAGAAGGAGUUGCAUCUGAAGAUGGCGCUAGCGAGGACGUGUUUAUAGGGACGGAAACUGCUGUCUCCGAAGCUUCGGCAGCUACCAGCAGUGCAGCCAGCGAUGGGGCCAUGGCUGCCGAGCAACCAGAGGGCACCAGCCCUGGAGAAAGGCCAGACGCUACUGCUGAAGCCAAAGAGGAGGAAGACGCGCAGGUAUGGGCAAGGAGGCAGAGCUUGCAGGAAUCGGGCGAUGGGUCACAGACAGAAGAGGAGGCGUCGUUAGAAACACAACGAGCCACAGCUGACUCAGCGCAAGCUGCCAUGGAAACAGAUGGCGAAUCAGGGGCAGCUGCUCAGGUAAACGGCCAUCAGCCGGUCCAGUCUCUUCCUGCUGUACGCCAUGACAUCAACCGCUACCAGAGAGUGGACGAACCUCUGCCACCAAACUGGGAGGCGCGUAUUGACAGCCAUGGGCGUAUCUUUUACGUGGACCAUGUGAACAGGACCACCACGUGGCAGCGUCCCACUGCACCGCCCGCACCGCAGGUCCUGCAGAGGUCCAAUUCCAUUCAGCAAAUGGAGCAGCUCAACCGCCGGUACCAGAGUAUUCGAAGGACAAUAACAAGUGAACACCCAGAGGAACAGAGUGCAGAGAUGUCCUCUGAUGACACCGACCUUGUGCAUAACUAUAUUCCUGAGUACCGCCGGGAAAUGGCAGCAGGGCCUGCCAGCUCCCGUUCCCGCCUCUCUCUGCUACUGCAGUCCCCAAGCGGCAAAUUCCUCACCAGUCCCGACUUCUUCAGUGUGCUUCACUCCAACCCCAGUGCCUACCGCAUGUUUACAAGCAACACAUGUUUGAAGCAUAUGAUCAGCAAGGUGCGUCGUGAUGCACACCACUUUGAGCGCUACCAGCACAACCGGGACCUGGUCACCUUCCUCAACCUGUUCGCCAACAGGCAGCUGGAGCUGCCACGCGGCUGGGAGAUGAAGCAUGACCACACGGGCAAGACAUUUUUUGUGGACCAUAACUGCCGUGCUACCACCUUCAUAGACCCACGCCUGCCACUGCAGAGUGCUCGUCCCUCCAGCCUGCUGGCCCAUCGCCAGCACCUCAGCCGCCAGCGCAGUCACAGCGCUGGAGAGGUGGGUGACGAUCCCUGUCAUUCUGGCCAGCCUGUUCUGCCACGCUCCUUAAAUGCCUUCAGUGCAAACAAUCGCAAUCAGUGCCAGGACCUGGUUCCCGUUGCCUACAAUGAUAAGAUCGUGGCGUUUUUGAGGCAACCAAACAUAUUUGAAAUCCUGCAGGAGAGACAGCCGGAAUUCAGCAGGAAUCAUUCACUCAGGGAGAAGGUGCAGUUUAUACGUAAUGAGGGUGCAGCUGGAUUAGUUCGACUCUCCAGCGAUGCAGACCUGGUCAUUUUGCUCAGUCUGUUUGAAGAGGAAGUGAUGUCGUAUGUGCCCUCCCACACCUUUCUUCACCCCAGCUAUUGCCAGUCUCCACGAGGCUCUCCUGUCUCCUCCCCCCAGAACUCUCCUGGAACACAGCGAGCUAACGCCCGUGCUCCCGCUCCAUACAAGCGAGACUUUGAAGCCAAACUCCGCAACUUCUACCGUAAGCUGGAGACCAAGGGCUAUGGCCAGGGUCCAGGGAAGGUCAAACUCAUCAUACGGAGGGACCACUUGCUGGAGGAUGCGUUCAACCAGAUCAUGUGCUACUCUAGGAAGGACUUACAGCGGAGUAAACUCUAUGUCAGCUUUGUCGGAGAGGAGGGGCUUGACUACAGUGGACCAUCAAGAGAGUUCUUCUUCUUGGUGUCCCGUGAGCUCUUCAACCCCUACUAUGGCCUGUUUGAGUACUCAGCCAACGAUACCUAUACUGUUCAGAUCAGCCCUAUGUCUGCCUUCGUAGACAACCAUCAUGAAUGGUUUCGCUUCAGUGGACGUAUUCUAGGCUUGGCACUGGUCCACCAGUACCUGCUUGAUGCCUUCUUCACACGCCCCUUCUACAAGGGCCUCUUGCGCAUUCCAUGUGAUCUGAGUGAUCUAGAGUACCUGGAUGAGGAGUUCCACCAGAGCCUGCAGUGGAUGAAGGACAAUGAUAUUGAGGACAUGCUAGACCUCACAUUCACUGUAAAUGAGGAGGUGUUUGGACAGAUCACAGAGCGAGAGCUGAAACCCGGAGGUGCUAAUAUCCCUGUCUCAGAAAAGAAUAAAAAGGAGUACAUUGAGCGUAUGGUGAAGUGGCGUAUAGAGAGGGGGGUUGUUCAGCAGACUGAGAGCCUGGUGCGCGGCUUCUACGAGGUUGUGGAUGCACGGCUGGUCUCCGUGUUCGAUGCAAGGGAGCUUGAGUUGGUGAUUGCGGGCACAGCAGAGAUUGAUCUGGUGGACUGGAGAAACAAUACUGAAUACAGAGGAGGUUAUCAUGACAACCACAUUGUUAUUCGCUGGUUCUGGGCUGCAGUGGAACGAUUCAAUAAUGAGCAGAGAUUAAGGCUGCUUCAGUUUGUGACAGGGACAUCCAGUAUUCCUUAUGAAGGCUUUGCCUCCCUUAGAGGCAGCAACGGACCUCGUCGUUUCUGUGUGGAAAAGUGGGGCAAAAUUACCUCCUUACCCAGGGCCCACACCUGUUUUAACCGGCUUGAUCUCCCGCCAUACCCCUCCUUCUCCAUGCUGUAUGAGAAGAUGCUAACUGCGGUGGAGGAGACUAGCACCUUCGGCUUGGAGUGACCCUUCACUCAUCCCCUGGGCACUCAGGCCUAAGUCAAGCGCCUCGAACUCCUGAUGCCUGUUGGCAUAGUCACUGAAAGCACUUACAACCCAUUUUAACUGUUGCACUGUCUCACUUUGUGACCUCUGCCAACAUGGGCCCUUGCAGAUGAGACCAGUGGGCCUGUAUGAUCAGUGACAUCUGAUGACACCUGUUGCCCAUCUAGGCUGUUGCCAGUCCCCACCAUGUAAUGGACAAAAUGAGUCAAGAUCAAAGCGGCUGUGCUGUAAAAAAAAAACAAAAAACAUGGGACUCUUGGGCACCUUCUAACCAAUUAUUUCAUGGCAAGGGAAAAGUGAUGUUCCACUGCACACCCUUGCUGGAUUACAUUCUCAGACAUGUGAUGGAUUUUAACUUUGUAACAGCCUAAUGUUGUACACUCUUUCUGCAAAAAGUCUUUUUUGUUUGUGUGUGUUUUUUAUCAGUCACAACAACGCAGCAUGAAUGUUCAUGAUGUUGCAAAGAUGUAGGCUUUUUUAAAUUACCAGUGCUUUUUUGGGUCACCUAAAGCACAAUCACUGUUGACUUAUGAGGCUGACCACUCAUGUUCACACACAUAUAUACGUAUACAUAUAUUCAUACACCAUAAUGUACUGAAAAUUCCAAAUGCACAAUCAUUGUUUUAUUGCAUUUAUACAUUGCUGUGUUUGUACUUAUUCUAGUAGGCAUAUGGUCUGCAAUUAACAUGUAAGCCUGUGGCACAAUUUGCACUUGAAUGUACCAAUGUAAUGUGUCCACUAUGAAGAAUGAAAAAAAAACAUCUUAAGGAAUGAUUCUAGAAAAGGAUUAAUAAGGGGCAGUAUGAAUUAUGCACAUGAGUGUCUAGUACACAUGUUCUUUUCAGAUGGCGUACAGGAUGUAGGAAGUCAUCAACCCUUUGUCUAUGUAGCCGGGAAAACAAAAAAGCCAGGAACUUGUGGUCCUACUAUGUCGUAUUUCCAGCCCUCAUUUGGUUUUUAGCACAUGAAGAUUCCUCAAAAUCAUGUUCAAAGAUAUUUAAAAAGCACGGGAAGAUUUGGAAGAUUAAAUUGGACACUCUUUCUACCCAAUUGAAAUACUCUUAAUGUGGACCUUUGGAGUAAUGUGAUUUGAUUUGCUUUUUUAAAAAAUAAUAUUCUGAACAAAACAUUGAGUGAUUGGCCUCAGAAUGCUGCUUGCUGUUUGUAAGAAAUACAGGUUUGUUUGUUUGUUUUUUUGUCUGAAAGUUUCACUCAUUCAUUUUUCACAUUCACAUUUUCUGAAAUGUUUGCAUGACACACAUUCUCUCACCACAGCUACUUGAAUUGUGUUUCACAUCUUUCAGUGACUCUGCCGCUGCACCGACCUUCGGAUUGUACACUCACAGCCCUUCAUGAAUGUGUUUUUUUUCCAGCGUUCACAGAUUUGAGCUUGUUAUUUUUUUCUCUUUGUUAGCCCGGGUAUCACUGGAAAGAUUUGAAAUGGGCUGGAAAGAGCAAAAGCAUGAAGGAAAAAAGUACUUGAACUUGUUACAGUUACUGCUCUUUUGUAGCUAGUGUACCUAGAAUCAGAUGAUAGCGCUCCAAUUUAUGCCCCGCUCAUUUUAAUUUCAUCCCUUAUGAUAUUUUAUUUUUGGAUUUAUACUUGCACUGAAUGUACCAAAGUUUUUGGGAUGGCAUAGGCUGUCCUAAUAUUCUUGUUCUUUGUUUUUUGAAGAGAAGCAAAAUUUCACAUUCCUAUUAUCACUCAACCAUCCCGUCAAUUCUUGAAGUUUGCAUACCACUAUUCAGCACUUGGGUUCAUUGUAUUUUGUUUUUUUCUCAUCUGAAAGUAAGGGAUUGUUUAAAAAAUGUUGGCUACAUACUGGCCUACCUGUAUCCUUUUCCUUCCUUGUUCCCUAGGAUGUGUUUGAUUAAAUAAACCAAGCAAGGGCUUGAUUACAGUUCUC